GAGGAGGAGCCCCAGCUCGACACCUCCUUCAAGCAGACCAUCGUCGUCGACGGCCUCCCCGUCGUGCCCAAGGAGAAGCACGAGAAGCUCGCCAACGUCGUGGGGACGAUCGUGGAGGACGGGCUGGAGCUGCCGGUCGACGGCGCCGGCGCGACGCUCGGCUUCGCAUUCAUCCAGUUCGCGGCCAACGAGGAGGCGGCUGCCGCCAUCCGCAAGGCCGACGGCUACAAGCUCGACAAGGCGCACACGUUCGUGGUAAACUCCUUUGAGGACUACGCAAAGUACAUGGCCAUCUCGGACCAGGAGCAGCCGUUCGUGCCGCCGCCGUACGUGCCGCGAGAGAACAUCCACCACUGGCUGCUCGACGACGCCGCGCGCGACCAGUUUGUCUUGCGGUACGACCAGGAGACGGAGAUCUGGUGGAACGACCCGCUCAAGCCGGACCAGAGAGCGGAGUACGGCAAGCGAAACUGGUCGGAGCACUAUGUCUCGUGGUCGCCACGCGGCUCCUACCUCGCCACCUUCCACCGCCUCGGCGCGCAGCUGUGGGGCGGCCCGGCCCGCCCGCGUCGCAGCCUCGGAAGGAUCAACCACGGCGGCGUCAAGCUGCUCGACUUUUCGCCGUGCGAGCACUACCUCGUGACGUGGUCGCCCGAGGGGGACCAGAAGGAGGCGCUGAUUGUGUGGGACGUGCGCACGGGCGCAAAGUGCCGCGCCUUCGUCGGCGCGGGCGAGGACGGGGUGAUGGAGAACUGGCCCGCCUUCCGCUGGUCGCACGACGACCAGUUCUUUGCGCGGCUCGGCGACGACUGCAUCUACGUGUACGAGUCGUCGACGAUGAAGCUCAUCAAGGACAAGAACGACAAGCGCUCCUCCAUCAAGGAGCUCCUUCCUGACAACCCGCACCGAUUCACCUGGUCGCCGACGGACAACAUCGUCUCCCUCUGGAUCCCGGAGCACCUCAACAACCCCGCGAAGGUCAUCCUGAUGGAGCUACCCUCGCGCGUCGAGCUGCGGCAGAAGAACCUCUUCCAGGUGGCCGACCUGCGCAUGACGUGGCACGACCAGGGCCACUUCCUCUGCGUCAAGGUCGACAAGCACUCCAAGUCCAAGAAGACGCUCAACUCGGCCUUUGAGCUCUUCCGACUGCGCGACAAGGGCGUGCCCAUCGAGGUGCAAGAGUUCUCAAAGGACCAGUCGAUCCUCGCCUUCGCCUGGGAGCCAAAGGGCGCAGCGCGCCUCCGGUUCGCGCUCGUGCACUCGGACGCAAACAACGCGAGCCGCACCGACGUCUCGCUGCACACGAUGGGCUCGCGGCACAACGGCAAGUGUUCGCUGCUCAAGACGUUCGAGCGCAAGCCGUGCAACGCGCUCUUCUGGUCGCCGGCGGGCAACAUUCUCCUGCUCGCGAACCUCAAGGCGACGGCGGGCAACCUCGAGUGGCUGGACGCAAACACGUGCCAGACCAUCGGCGAGGCGGAGCACUUCAUGUGCUCAAACAUCGAGUGGGACCCGACGGGCCGCUACUUGAUGACGUCGGUCGCGCACUGGCGCCACCAGAUGGAGAAUGGGUACAACCUGUGGUCGCGGAGCGACAAGCUCUACCAGCUGCUCUGGAGGCCGCGGCCGCCCUCGCUCCUCCCCGAGGCCAAGGAGAAGGAGAUUCGGAAGAACUUGCGCGACUACUCGAGCAAGUACGAGGCGGAGGACGCCAAGCUGAAGACGCUGCUCAAGGGCGACGAGCUCAAGGCGAGGCGCGAGAAGCACCGCGCCUUCGAGGAG